AAGCCUCUUUACAGUUCUAUCGAGAUUAAGAUAGUCGUAGGAGAAGGGCGUUUACCAUGGCUCGUUUGUCGUUGCUCCUGUCCUCUUUGCUCUUCUUUCUCGUCGUGUCAAUGUGCUUCGUUGAAGUUUCGCUGGCUGGCGGAGAAGGAUCGCUUCAACCGAACCAAUGCGCCGCCGCGUGCGACUACCGAUGCUCGGCGACGUCCCACCGGAAGCCGUGCCUGUUCUUCUGCAACAAGUGUUGCGCCAAGUGCUUGUGCGUGCCCUCCGGCACGUACGGACACAAGGAGGAGUGCCCGUGCUACAACAAUUGGACGACCGAGGAAGGAAAACCCAAGUGCCCUUGAUGAAUUCUAUCUUUUUCGAAUUGUUCAAUAAUUGACAAAUAUUUUUCCUUUUCUAUAUCGGGAAAAAUGUAAUCGAAAAAAAAUGAGAUGUUCUCGUGUUCUUUCCCUU